AUGGCGCCGCCCCCGGCCGCCCAGCCCGAGGCGGACUUCGCGGUGCUGGAAUUCGCCUAUCGGGACCUCGGGGGCGACUCUGUGCUCCACAGGCGUUCCCAGGAGGAGCUGACCUGGAGGGUGCGGGUCGGGAGAGCCACGAGCGCGAGCUCGAGGGUCAUGAACAUCCGGGUCUGUAUCGAUUCCUCGUCGAGGGGAUCUGCGGAGCCGCUGGUGAGCGUUGCCGUCGACAACGAGCAGGUCUUCCCCGGGGUCCCCUUCGUCGAGAAGGCCCACCUGGAGCUGGACUUCCACUGGGAGCUCGCCUUCGACGGCGAGGUGGAGGGCCUCCACCGCCCCGGCUUCCACGAGAUGCGGCCCGCGCACGGGGACCUCCUGCGCUGGCACAGCUGCGCCGUCCUGGGCCGCAGCGAGGAGGACGGCUCCCUCACGGUGCUCGCCACCAUGCCCGACGGCGAGCGCGUGGUGUACCCCCGCGUGGAGCCCGGCCACGUCCGCCGGGCGGGCAGCCGGGGCCCGGUCGCGGCGCCCGCGCGCACGCUGUCGCUCUGCGUCCCGCAGAGCCGGCCCCAGGCCGCGGCGCUGCGCCUGGACGGGCGGCCCGUGACGCACUGCUUCUGCAGGCCCACGCCGCCGCCGGCGAGGCCCAGCGGCGGCGCCGCCCAGGCGGAGGGGGCGGGCCCGGCGGUCUCCUUCUCGGUGUCCAGGGACCGCAGGACGGUGCGCUGCGACCGCGGCGACGCCGCGCUCCGGAGCUUCCUGGGGCACGAGCUGGCGGCCGUGCCCAGCGGCAGCUUCGCCCACGAGGCGGGGUCGGAGGCCCUCGGAGGCUUCGGUGGCUUGCCAGAGUUCAAGGCGUGGGGCGCUAGGGCGAGCAAGCGGUGGGAGUUCCAGCUGGGGCCCUUCGCGGUCCAUGUGGUCGAGCUGCACAGGAAGCACGCCAAGACGCACGUUCUCGUCGUCGACGACGACGUCUUGGUCGAGGCCAAGCCGGAGGACAUGCAUUCCCCACAGGAUGGCUUCUGGACAUGCAGAUCCAGCUGCCUGCGGGCCAUAAGUCCAUAG